AUGAAACUUUACUACUUUAAUGCUUAUGGGAGAGCAGAACCCUUAAGAAUGCUGCUAAAUCAUGCUAAAGUUAGCUAUGAAGAUAUAAGAAUUGAUAAACCCGAGUGGAAUAGAUAUAAAAGAGAGCUCCAGCUUGAGUUUAAAUAAGUACCAGCCAUAGAAAUAGAAGGUAAACUCUACACAUAAGCGAAUUCUAUACUUAGACUACUAGGGUCUAAGUACGGUUAUUAUCCAAAGGAUCCCUAUGAAUCUUAUCAAGUUGAUUCACUUGUAGAUGCCUUAAAAGAUCUCUAUGGCUAUUAUAGUCAAACUGCUUUUGAAAUAGACUUAUAUAAACAAAAAUUGAAACUCGGAAUAUUUAUUUCAGAGCAAUUGCCACGCUAUUUCUAGAUCUUGGAAAAUAGACUGAUGAAAAAUAACUCUUAGUUGCACAUUGUAGGCAACCAAUUUACUAUUGCUGAUUUCGCUUUGAUUGGAAUCAUAUUCACCAUUGUUUAUAAUGAUGCUUAUGAUGAUUCUUUUAUGAUAAGGUAAAUCUUCGAAAGAUACCCUUUGCUUAGGGAUUAUGCUUAUAACAUUAGAAAUAAUGUCUUUAAAGAUUAUUUAAAUCAAAGACCUAUUAGUUCCCAAUGA